UGAACGUCUCCCCGGGCGCAUGCGCACACCGGCGGAUAGGCUGAUCAGUGAGUAGCUACCGUUAGCUCCAGUGGCCGCUGCUGAUUGUCGCUGUUACUGUUUCACCGUGAGUUCGUUGCUACAGGAACUAACGCGACCGAGGCGUGAAAGAAUAUGCCCAAAAAUAAAGGAAAAGGAGGAAAGAACCGGCGACGUGGAAAGAACGAGAAUGAGUCCGAGAAGAGAGAGCUGGUGUUCAAAGAGGAUGGACAGGAAUACGCUCAGGUGAUUAAAAUGUUGGGGAACGGACGUCUGGAGGCCAUGUGCUUUGAUGGAACCAAGCGGCUUUGCCACAUCAGAGGAAAGCUCCGGAAAAAGGUUUGGAUUAACACGUCAGACAUCAUCCUGGUCGGGCUGAGAGAUUACCAGGACAACAAAGCCGACGUCAUCCUCAAGUAUAACGCAGACGAAGCUCGCAGUUUGAAAGCCUACGGAGAGCUGCCGGAGCACGCCAAAAUCAACGAGACAGACACCUUCGGACCUGGAGACGACGACGAGAUCCAGUUCGAUGACAUUGGAGAUGAUGAUGAGGACAUUGAUGAUAUCUAAAGACCUGCUACUGGAGGGGGAAGGUCGGAUUUUACUAGAGAUGCUCCGAUUGGGAUAUUUUGAGCCGAUACGACGCACCAAUAAUGCUUAUUUUUAUUAAGAUCAGCCUAUGCCAAUCCAAUACAGUUUAUUGAUAACAGUAUGUUUCAGUUUAUUCCAGUUUUUGUUAACCAUCGGUAGACGUCUUUUUUGUUUUUCUGAGAACUUUUUUAAAAAGUGCAUUUCACCUUCGUAGGAGAGAAAAAAAUGAACACCAGUACAGUUUAUUGUUAACGCGAAUGAACCUGAAUGAUGCUGCUUUAGUACGACUGUCUCAGUUAUCACUCGUAGCAACCGGAGGGCGACUGACGAUGCUUUCUUUGCCUUCACGCAGUUGGAUUGGAGAAUCAGACUAGGCUGAUCACCAGCAUCAUAUUUAGGGUGAAUAUCUGGACCAUUACUGGAUAUUUACCUUGUUUUUCUUACAUCUCAUUCACUGAAGUUCCCUUUUUUUCUUCCCAUAUUGUCAGAAAAACUCUUAGUAUUUAGAUUCCCGCUGAUAUACAAUGACCGCAAGAUAUCUCUCACCAUCUUUUUACGAUGUAUUUAUAUUGAUUUCACACUAUGUGGGAUGUAGCAACAAGUACAGAAUCUCUGGAUUCGCCAAUAAAAAGAUAAACCAUUAUGUGUUUCUUUUUCCUUUGGCAGUUAUCAUUCUAGCUGUAGACGGUUUAAAGGCUGUUUUAUGAACGAGAGAAGAAAGAUAAUAACACUUGAGUACGGCUCUGUAUCUUUGGUUAACGCCAUAUAUUCCACUGAUGACGUAUUACGAUGAACUAUUUGCUUGCUUUUUGGAUUGAACCGCGGCCCGAAAGGAAGGAUCUCUCUCUCUCUCUGUGUCUCUCUCUCUCUCUCUCCCCCCCUCCCCUAGAAUCAAAAGAAGAAUCUAAAUGUAUUUUUCUAUUGUUUCCCGUAUUUGUGUUUUUAUUUUUUUGUUUCCAUGUUCCUGUUUUGAACUCUUUGGCUGCUCGCUCUGUGGCUCACACACCGUGAAGCUCGGCCCGGUCAGCCGCUCCAUCUCAUUCUAGACCAGCGGUUCCCAAACCUUCUCCACCACCAACUCGGACUCCCACGCCAGUAAAACCUCACAUCAGUGCAGCCUCAGUCUUUGAACCUCUAGAAAAAAAAAUCUAAUAACAGUUACAUACAGUACUUUAUCCCCUCCCCCCCUCUCUGGAAACUCCCCCCCGUGUUCCCUGAGGGGGCCUAGCACCUCAGUUUGGGAACCACUGCUCUAGAUCACAUGGGGCCUGUUGCUGCUGUUGCUGUAACUCUGAAUUAAUAAAAAAAAAAAAUGUACUAUGAUGUUUGAAGGCUGGGUUUACAAUAAAGAUCUUAACUCCA